AUCCAGGGUGGAGUGUCAUGUGACGGUACUCCUAGUCGCGUCAUUCCCCAAAACCAGGAUAAGCUAUGGUGGGUUGGGCCGCUAACCCCUCCUGCCAAAUAGAAGUUAACUUUAACUGAAAUAUAUGUAAGACAGGUUUUCACCGUUGGUACAACUCUUGUGUUCUUUAGAUUGAGCCUAUUAUAGCCCUGUUGUGUGGACCUCACUCAUUCUGGUCAAAGAAGAUCAUUAUCUUGACUAUUCCGAUGAUAGUCAUUUUUCCAAUCACAUUACUUAAGAGUUUGAGUGCACUGAGAUUCACUUCAGUUCUCAGUGUCAUGUGUGUAGUUUUUCUCUCUGGAGUUGUGAUUUUCAAAUCAAUCAAAAAUGACAUUGGAGGUCCAGUGGAUAACCCUUCAAACCCAGUGCAGUGGUGGCCUCAAGAUUUUGGCGGUCUCCUCACAGCUAUUGCCAUAUCUGGCCUCACUUUCUCAUGUCAUUUUAAUAUCUUACCAAUGCAUGGGGAGUUGCAACAUCAGACUCGAGCCAACAAGAGGAUCAUUCUCUACACAGCAAUGGCAAUAACAUAUGUUCUAAACCUUUUUGUUAGUUUCUUUGGAUUUUUUCAGUUCAGACAGUACAUUGACCAAGACAUCACAAGGAAUUAUCGACAUGAUGACAUUCUUGUUAAUGUUGGACGAGUGGCUUUAGCGCUCACACUUCUGCUUAGCUUUCCACUGCUGAUCUUCCCUUGCAGGGCGGUCAUCAACAGGUUAAUUUGGCGCAUAGACUCCAAAACUCUUCUCCAAUCCCAGCCCUCUACUACAGCAUCGCGUUCCCUGGAAUACCUCAGCAAUGCGACACGCACAGGCCCCUCGCGGAUAAUGUGGUUGCUGGAGACUGGUCUCCUGGUUUUUCUUGGUUAUAUCCUGGCUUACUACAUUCCUCAGGUUGCCAUGGUUUGGGGAUUCGUCGGUGCUAUAGGAACCACAAUCAUGAUCUACAUUCUUCCUCCAGCCUUCUAUCUGCGUGUCCGCAUUCACCCGCCACGUCCAGACUUAAAGCAGAUCGCAGCCUGGGGACUAAUGUUGACAGGACUGACCGUCCUGAUCGUUUGCACCUAUCAAUCAUUCGCAAACGUCAUCAAUCCUAUUCCUAAAAUAGUCCGUCCACACGGAGUGACUAAUUCAACAUUACAUGGCACAGCGUCGUCACUUCUUUGAAUUGACUUUGAAGAGCCACUAAUACAAGACGUUGACGGUUGACUGUUGGAACGUCAUGUGACGCUUUUCUGCACUUGAAGGAGCUACGUCACGGUUUGCGCAUCUCGAAAAACAGUCAAAAACAAUCGUUUGGAAUCCAUGUUAAUCUUCUCCAUCCUUAACCAUCCCUGUUCCUUUAUGGUUUAUUAUUAUCUCUCUGGUGUUUUUCUUUCUUGGUAAACUAUUGUUUUCAGGUUGCCUUCAUUUUAAAGGUUAUUUUGUACACGGCCAAAAUAAAUCAAAAUACCAUGACUGAGCUCCUUUAAGCAUUGCCUGACCACUGAAAUACACUGGAGAGACAAGAAGACCGAAGAAUUGUUUCUUUCAACGCCUCGAAGUAUUAAGUCUUUUAAGUCUGUUCUGUGAAUUUGGAAAAUGUAACGCACACUGAAACCUUUUGCGUGACACCUGUCAAUUUAGCCAGCAAGUCUUACCGAAGAAAGCGUGACUUCUGCAAUCGCGCUCGUAAGUCACGCAUUUUUCAAUGAAUUUCGUAUCGCUUUGAUCGACACUGAGUAAUUUACAUAACACUCGAAUUUGUGUUUUUAACAAGCAUAUUAUCGUAUUAAUUUUAUUUAUUUAUUACUUUUGUUUCUGUUACCCAAGUUACAGUUGUUUUAUUUUCUAGGAUAAGAAACAAUUGGGAAGGUGCUAUUGGGGUCAAAAUAAUUUACAUAAUAUGGGGAUUGAUUUGAAGAAGACAGUAUUAAAAUUAUUUAUCUAACAUUGCUGAAAAAGGCUCUAAAUCGUUUGAAAUAACAAUCUGUUGGUAACAUAAAUUAUUGUUUUAUAAAUAGCCGUAAAUUAUUUUGUACAGGUUAUAGUUAGUAUCAGAUUUAUAUAGCUAUACAAAUUAUCGAUUAUUUGAAGUGUAUCACUGCCAUGGUAAUAUCCACUAUCAGGCUCGGGACGUCUUACAUGACGUAAUAUCUGAUUUAGUGGCCUUUGCCGGGCUUCUUGCAGCGAGAAUUUAUAAUGGUUUAGUAGUAGGGAUUUCAUUGCGGUUUGUCGUUGAGAUUGAUUUCCAUGUAUUUGCUUCGAAAGAAUCAAAUUCAGAUCCUUGAAUUUAUCAAGAGUACUGCAUUAAUUACGGCCUACGGGCGCUGAAUAAGAGUACUUUUGUAAGAUACUUCUAGUAGAAAACUGUUUUUCGUUUUACUUUAUUCGCGUUCAAUGUCAGGUAUUUAUAUUUUUCACACGUAAAAAGAAGCAGGUGACGAAGUAGACUACAAGAAAGAGGCAGAACCAUCUCUUUGAAAUCAAUAAAUAAAGGAAACUCUUUAUAGAGAA